UGCAGGUGAGUGAGGAGCGAAGAAUUGGCCAAAGAGGUCGACAAAGAGACAGAGGGAGCAGAAUAGAAAUGUACAGAUGUUGGUUGACAGACCAGUGCAACAAGGGGGUUAGAUCAGAAGCGCAAUUGGGGGGCAGGAGAUAAGACUUCAGCAAGCAGGUAGAGCAGAUGCUGGAGGGAAAGGGCAUAGUUGGAAGAUAACGGACAAAGAGUGCAUAUGUAGUAACUGGAACGGAGUGGGUUAAGGUGGAGAAGGUACAAAUAGAGUGGAGGUAGCAGGCACAUGUAUGACAUGGAGCGCAGGUAGACAUGGGGUUCAGGUAAGUCGUUGACAUAGUUAUGGGAUUUCGUUAUGGUCCGCUGGAUAAUGUGUUAGAGAAAGCAGGAGAUAAGGAAGCGCCAGGGCAGACGCAGAGUAGGAAGGAAGCAAAGAGAAGUGACAGUGCGAGGAGGGCAGUUGGCUCCACUCCGGGUUAUGAGCGUAUUAGCGCUUUCCUCUUCCCACCCAGAGGGGAGGAGACAGCUGCUCAGGCUGUGAGACAGCGCGGGACAGGGGCAGAGAGACAGUCCGAUAGACUGCAGGAUAACGCCCCCGGCAGCCUGACAGAGAACGCUGAGCGCACAAGUAGCUGCCGGGGAGAAAGAAGUGUCUGCGAUCCUUGUGUCGGGAGCCCGGGGCGGUGUCUCACAUGGCAGUUGUCGGGGAGACUGGGGAAGCGCUGUGAUAUCGAACGAUUGUCUUAAGUUAUUGGAGCCGAUGGCGUACACAUAUACUUCCUCCCCCUCAGGCCCUGUUGGGAGUCAGUACUGUGUCUAUAGGGUGGAACUCUCAGUCUCCUGCCAAAAUCUUCUGGAUCGAGAUGUGGCUUCUAAGUCUGACCCAUUUUGUGUUUUAUUUCAGGAAGUUAAUGGGAAAUGGUCUGAGAUUGACAGAACUGAAACAACAGUAAACAACCUAAAUCCCGUGUUUGCCAAAAAGUUCACCAUCAACUAUCACUUUGAAGAGGUGCAGAAAUUGAAACUUGGCUUAUUUGACCAGGACAAGUCAAGCACCCAGCUCUACGAGCAUGACUUCCUUGGGGAAUUCUCAUGCACACUUGGAAUGAUUGUAUCCAGCAAGAAGAUAACACGACCUCUGAUUCUGGGGAACGGAAAGCCAGCAGGGAAGGGAGUCAUAACGGUAAUUGCCCAGGAACUGUCUGAUAACAGGGUUAUAACACUGUACAUGGCUGGGAGGAAGCUGGACAAAAAGGACCUGUUUGGAAAGUCCGAUCCGUUUUUAGAGUUUUAUAAGCAAGGUGAUGAUGGAAAAUGGAUGCUGGUCCAUAGGACAGAGGUUAUAAAAUACACUCUGGACCCAGUAUGGAAGCCAUUUACAGUUCCUUUACAGUCUUUGUGUAAUGGAGACAUUGAGAAGCCUAUCAAGGUUGUGUGCUAUGACUAUGAUAACGAUGGAGGACAUGAUUUUAUUGGAGAAUUUCAGACCACUGCGAUCAAAAUGUGUGAGGCUCGUGAUUUACAACCUGUAGAGUUUGACUGUAUCAAUCCAAAAAAACAGAAGAAAAAACGAAGCUAUAAAAAUUCUGGAAUAAUAAUUAUUAAAUCUUGCAAGAUAACAAGAGAUUACUCAUUUCUUGAUUAUAUACUUGGAGGAUGUCAGCUAAUGUUUACAGUUGGAAUCGAUUUCACUGCAUCAAAUGGAAACCCUCGAGAUUCAUCAUCUCUGCAUCACAUUAACCCCAUGGGAACUAAUGAAUACCUGUCUGCACUAUGGUCUGUUGGACAGAUUAUUCAGGAUUAUGAUUCUGAUAAAUUGUUUCCUGCUUUGGGGUUUGGUGCACAGCUUCCACCUGAUUGGAAGGUGUCUCAUGAAUUUGCCAUAAACUUUAAUCCCACAAGUCCCUUCUGUUCAGGAGUUGAAGGAAUUAUAGAGGCUUACUCUGCUUGUUUACCUAGCAUACGGUUUUAUGGACCAACAAACUUCUCUCCAAUAAUCAACCAUGUUGCGCGAUUUGCUGCCCAAGCAGUACAGCAAGAAGCGGCAGCGCAAUAUUUUAUCCUGCUCAUUAUAACAGAUGGUGUCAUAAGUGACAUGGAUGAAACUCGACAUGCUAUUGUACAAGCCUCCAAGCUGCCUAUGUCCAUUAUAAUCAUUGGGGUAGGGAACGCAGAUUUUUCUGCUAUGGAGUUCCUAGAUGGAGACAACAGAGUCUUGAGAUCUAACACUGGCGAAGAAGCAUCACGUGAUAUUGUUCAGUUUGUGCCAUUCCGGGAAUUUCGCAAUGCACCCAAGGAAACUCUGGCUAAAGCGGUUCUAGCAGAACUUCCACAGCAAGUGGUAGACUAUUGCAAGAACCAUAAUCUGCCUCCUAUUAAGUCGGACAGUGUUUAGCUGUUCCCUAAAACUGCCCACAAGCAAUGAGACAGGCAUUCAUUACUUACAUUUACCCACCAUGACAAAAUGUGGAAGUACCUCACUGCUUGCCACAUUGUGAGGACAUCACCCUCAGAACAAAGAUCUGCAAUUGCGU